AAGUCAAAGGUCCAUACACUGUACUCUAUGACUUCAUUCAUUCAUUCAUUUCUAUCCUUCACCCCAUUAAACUAAACUAAGGAUAAUAUCAUCAAUCAUGUCAUCACCCUCGCGAUACCGAUAGAACCGAAUUCACUCCAAAAUUACCAAACUAUCCUCGCGCCACUACCACUAACGAUGGCGUAAAACCCCACCACCACUAUCAACACUUACUCCUUUAUCGUCAAUUCCAUCACCACCACCGUCACUAUGGAAGGUGGAAACAGAGCCGAAGCUGAACGGUGGCUUUACACCGCAAACAAGCUCCUUAGCGCACGUGAUCUCCACGGCGCACGUUCGUUCGCGAUCCGUGCUCGUGAAUCCGACCCAACUUUCGACGCAUCUGAGCUUCUACUUGCUGUCAUCGACACUCUCCUCGCCGGAGAAUCCAGAAUCAACGAUCACCACACUGAUUGGUAUGGAAUCCUUCAAAUCCUUCGUUACACAACAAAUAUCGACCAUAUCGCUAAUCAGUAUCGUCGUCUUGCUCUUCUCCUUGACCCUAACCGGAACCCUUUCGCUUUCUCCGGUCACGCUUUUUCACUGGUCCACGAUGCAUGGUCUGUUCUCUCUAACCCUGCUAAGAAGGCUAUGUAUGAUAGUGAUCUAAGAUUGCACACUACUCCACCGGUUCCGGUUCAGGUUCAGGUUCAGCCGCAGCAAUCUGUGCCUCAGUAUCAGCAGCAUCAGACGCAUAAUUCUACGCCGAAGAGAAACCCUAGAUCGAGGGAGGGUGUUGCUGAGCCGAUUCGGAACCCUAACGAGUCUGCUGAGCCGGCUCGACAGACACGGACGGGGAGUGCUGCUGAAACGGAUGGUAAUGGUAAGAUUAGCUUCUGGACUUUGUGCCCUUACUGUUAUGUUUAUUAUGAGUAUCCGAAGGUGUAUGAGGAGUGUACUUUACGGUGUCAGAGUUGUAGGAGGGGGUUUCAUGCGGUGGUGAUACGUUCGCCGCCGAUGAAUGAGAUAGAAGAUUCUUCCUUUUGUACUUGGGGAUUUUUUCCAUUAGGGUUUUCUGGUGAUUCUAAGGAUGUGAACGGGGCUUCUUCUAAUUGGAACCCUGUUGCACCUUUAUUUCCAUCUUCCUUGAAAGGAUCUUCCAAUAGGAAAAAGAAUUGGGUUUACUAUGAUGAAGAGGCAACUGCGGCGUUUAUCGAUGUUUCUGAUCCGAGUGAUGAUGAUUCUGAUGAUGGGGAUUGGAGGGGUGGUAUUGGUAAGAGGAAAGGGGGGAAGAGGUCAGGGGUUAGUACUAGCAAAAAGAUUAGGAAAGAUUCUGGUAAUGCUGGUGGUAGGGAAACUGCAGAGAGACCUAGGAGGAGUGCUACUGGUGCUGCAGCUGGGAAUGGGAAUGAGAAGAAUGUUGGGGCUGUUGAUGCUGCUGGUGUGAAGGUAGAUACUAAUACUAGUAAGAAAGCUGUACCAAGUAGUUCUAGGAGGAGGGGUGCUAUAAAUUUGGAUUUGAAUGUAGAGAUCAGUAAUGAUGUGGAGGAGCCUUCCCGUCUAGUGAGUGCCCGUGAAGGGAAUGCAACUGGCAAUGCUGAGGAUGAUAUUGAAGAGAUUGGUUUUUUUGAGGGCCUCGAUGAUUUGAUCAGUAGCUUACCAUUUCUCAAUGUGGUGGGAGAUGAUAAGGUUAAGGGUCAUUGGCCAUUUUAAAAUCUAGAUGCUUUU